AUGCUAGGCUUGGCAGAGUUGUGUGCUCACCAUUACCAGAGAAUGGUGUGUCCAUUCCCGAUUUCGGAAGCCAUAACAUCGCUCAACCGCAUGGGCAUCACGCAACAGCCUCAACAACGUGUCGUAGGCAGCAUAGCUGAUUAUGAUCCUUUGAACGGAAGCUGGGGUACUGCAGCACAAAGCAAGACGAAUGAAGCAAACAGUUCAGAAACCCGAUACUGUCUCGAUUUUACAGAAAGUGGACGUAAUGCUGCGUCCGAUAAAGACGAAGUGUCAUUCCUGGAAGGUGAUGUCAUUGUAAACUGUGAGAAAGUGGAUGAUGGUUGGAUGACUGGAACAGUUCAACGCACACUACAAUGGGGUAUGCUGCCUGCCAAUUACGUUCAGCCAUACAAGCUACCUACUGGACUAGCCAGAAUCAAUAUCAUGUCCUCAUUCGAUGAUGAGGAACGACGUGCGAAGUACGCCGUGGCACCUAAGUCGGCAAAUCAUGGAAAGGUGGUAAAGCUGUCACCCAAGAAGCUGCACACGCAACGUGAAGUCCGUACUGUGCUUCCAGAAGAGCAGUAUCUAGCUAAACUCGAAAAAAUUAUCGUCAGAGACUACUUCCCUGAUCUUCCUAAACUCAAGGCGCAGACGGAAUAUAUGGAUGCAAUGAAACGCAACGAUAUAGCAAAAAUGCGCGUGAACUUCAGCUACGUUACCACACUAGUCGUCGAACGGAUCGACGCGACAAUGGCUGCCACUUCUCCUGGACACCAGGCUCGCGCUCCAACGUCUCCUGCGAAUUUCGAUCCUGACACUCCAGGUCCAAGUCGACCUCCCGACUCGCUACAAGCCACACCACUUCCAUACGCUAAUCGUGAGGGUGACAACGAGGUUUUGAAAGAAGGUGCAAAGAAGGAGAAAGCUGCAACGGAUGAGUUAUCAGUGGAUGCCUACAUGAACAAGUUCACAUCGGAAGAUAAUGCUUCAUUCGAGGAAUUGGCAGCCGUCGAGUUAGCAAAAGAGCGAGCGAAAAAGGGCUGGAUUGACGAGGCAGAGCGAAAGCACAACGCAAAAAUGAUUACAUACGGCGAACUACCUGCGUCCGCUGAUCUACAACUAGCGAUAAAAUAUGAUCCGGAAUUCGACAAGGGCUCAGCUCGUGCUAGUAAUAUGCAGGCUGCCAACAACGCAGGAAAAGUGGAUGCGCAAGGUCACGAAGUCGGAUUGAAUAGCAAAACUUUAGGUCUGGUAGCGACACCAAGCCCUGCUCCAGGCAUCGAUGAUUCACCUUUGAUGACAUGGGGAGAGAUUGAUGGAACUCCUUUUCGUUUGGAUGCUUCUGAUAUUCCAAGCACCGAUCGGAAAUGGCCCUACAUGCCUGAGGUGCCGUUCCGUGAGCAGGUUGCCCAAGGAAUAACCGACACAAUCGCUAAACGAUUAUCUAGAACACCGCGAUUCGGUUCGGCUCGUUCUUCCACUCUGUCGAUGGCAACACUAUCUCCAGCAGCUCGCCGCCUGGCUUCGAACAAACUCGGCAUACGUUUACCGUCGUCCGCUCACCAUCUACGCGUGCUCACGCCUACUAGUGUGGGCAGUUCUACGAACUGA